AUGUCAAGUCGUCCUCCCAGCAGAGAAUUGGAAGGAAAUAAAUGUCAGAAGAGAAAGCGUGGAGGGCAAGUAGAUGUGCCUAGACUACUGAAGAGUCCUUGCAACAAAGCAGCUCGUCCUGUGAGCUAUACUGUUUUCCUAUGUGGAUUCUCUGAUAGAGAAAGACGUGAGCUCCGUAAACAUUGCACAGAGGGAGUCGAAAUUGAAGGAGGCGCAUGGCUGCUUCGUCCGAGUUGGAUACUGUCCUCCAAAGACGGGAUUGAGCCCGAAUCCGAACAUGAAAUCUCCUUCGAAGACGAUGGCUCCUAUACAGCCAAGUUCAAGGAGAUACUUUUGUUGUACAAGUCCUUCCGAUCAUCUCCUGAGGGAAGAAGUCGUACCAUAUUUUCGGCUGAAGUUUUUCGACGAGUUUUUGUGUUGACUGGUCGCACAACUGAAGGGAAACAAAAGAAAGCAGCUCUUCGUAGCCUCAUCAGUGCUGGAGGAGGUUCUGUUGCUGCAGACGACUGCUGGCGCAUUGUCAGAGAGAAGCCAUGCAAAGCAGCCGGCCUGAUUUCGGCGAUUAUAAUUGGCAACGGUGAGGACUUAAGUUCUCAUGACAUCAACGUGGGUUUCGUGAAACAGUUAUUAACGCAAUGUGUGCCUAUCCUGUACGAAGAAAUGCUCUCUCAAAUCUUAUUCAAUCAGGUUGUGCCGAAUUUGGAGAUAAUGAUGACUCAUGCCAUGUAUUAUUGGUGCAACGAGCAUCCGCAAAAGUUGAAGCUCUCCAGUGAGGAUAUCGAAUGCAUUCGAAAUAUUCAGCAUGAAUCCGGCGACGACGAUAGCCAG